AUGCAGGACAAGAUUAAGCAGCAAUUUGCCAAACUUCAACAGGAGCUUGAUGAUUACACUUCAAAGUAUGUUGAAGACGAUUUUAGUCUGAAGCUCAGCCACCACAAAAAGAUUACAGAGCUUCUCGAGAGAAGAGACAGAAUCAUACGCGAGGAAUUUACACCAGAAGAGCUCAACGAGUUUUAUUCAAGAGUUUUUGCAAACUUUGAUCCACUGAGGGAGUUUUUUCCGCUAAAAGAUGACCAAAGUGUUGAUUUUUCGUUUUUGAAGUUUAUAAAGGCAGAGUAUUUGGACAACUUCAAAAUGAAGGUUGUAUUGGAGCUUCACGAAAACGAGUACGUUGAGAAUACAGUAUUGGAAAAGACAAUUUAUUUGUUUGAACAAGAGCCCGAAACAACAAAAAUAAUAUGGAAAAAUGAAAAGGGAAAUUGCCCACUUUUUGACUUUUUUGAAAAUGAAGACGACGACUUUGAGGCAUUUGAUAUUUUGUAUGAAUUUUAUGUUGAUAUGCUAUUCUUAGCCGAGAUGGAAUCUGAAUAA